CAGUGUUUUGAACGGAUCCCCUUCCCACUACUGCUUGUUUCCGUACGGAGAGAUUUCUUGCAGGACUCCCAUGGACGAAACCGCCCCAGUGUUUUCGUUUUGCCAAAAUGUCAGGACUAUCAGAAACAGAGCGUGCUGGAUUUACGAAGAUACUGAGCCUAAUGACAAAAAGCGACUUACUGUCACUCAGUGAUACGGUCACGAAUAAGAUGAUAGUCGUGGAAAACAUUACGGAAGCUAAAGAAACCAUUCUCACCUUCACUAAAAAUGCCGAAGAGCUCCUGAAGAGGAAAAAGGUUCAGCGUGACCUGAUAUUCAAGUACCUGGCCACAGAAGGUGUGGCGAUGCCCCCAAACAGCGAGAAACACAUGCUUAUAAAGAGGACCCUGGAGCUGUGGUCCUCUGUAAAGGUGGUGGAUGAAAACCCUCAAGGAGAGGCGGCUUCUAAUUCCUCAGAUGUGAACUGUGGGAUAGGCUUUGAUCCGCUGGUCCUCGGCCAGCAGUUCUGUCAGUGGUUCUUCCAGCUGUUGAACAGUCAAAACCUUUCACUUGGCCAACAGCCCCAAGACUGGGGACCACAACAUUUCUGGCCUGAUGUGAAGUUACGUCUCCUCUCCAAAGCUGGCAGUGAGCAGAUGGAGGAGUUUCUGGGUGCUGAUCUGGUUAGUCUUCGAUUCUUGGCACUGACCAGGGAUGAGCGUCUCCUCUUCAGUCCCAAUUUGGAUCCCCGUGGCCUCAAAGCCUUGACCUCUCCUCAUGGCUUGGUGUUGGUGGCUGUGGCUGGCACUAUCCACAGAGAUGCAGCCUGUCUGGGAAUCUUUGAACAAAUCUUUGGCCUUAUCCGCUCUCCUCUGGAGAACAACAGCUGGAAGAUAAAGUUUGUCAACCUGAAAAUCAGAGGGCAGGAUGCUCUUAGUGGGACAGAUGUGGCAGCACCUGCUUUGACCUACAAUUCCAGUGAACUGCAGCUUCUCUGUAGCUGACAGUCAAGAUAUAUUAGUUUUAGAUUUAUUAGUUUUAUUUCCUUUCACAUUAUUUAUCCAAAGGUGGUUUGUAUGUGGUUUGGCCUUUUGGUUAUACUCUACACUCAUCUGAUUUGCAUGAACACUUAUUUUCUGGGCAUUUGGGACCUCAUAUUGGAUCUAAUAACUUAUCUGACACAAUCCUAUCUUCUAACUUAUAGGCGGACAUGCAAGAAUAUAAAGGUAGGCUCAAACUUUUGCAUUUAAAUGGAAUAUUUACAUCAUAACAUGCAAAGCAGAAUUCUCAAAGAUUAGCCUAGAAGGUAAAUGGAUGGGCUGCUGUAAAUAUACUGUAUCUUUUUGCAAAGCAUGUAGUGCUUUGGAAGCCUGUGCCUUACGUAAAAUAUGUUCAAUGUAUACAUUUGUGGUAUAGUGACAGUUAUGGUGUUGCUCAAAAGAGCAACACUAUAACUGUCUUUUUUUUAGGAAAGAAAAGGACGUUUAAUUUUAUUUCAGCUGUAAAAAUGAAAAGAGAUGUUGUAAGUGACUGAUUUUUAAUUGAGUAUGUUCAUACUGAGCAGCCAGCAUUUCAGUGUCACAGCAGGACAUCGAGAUGCCUAAUGCAGGUUUAUAAUGCCAAUAGGCUUUUUUUUCCCUAAGAUGGCACAACUGAAAGCGGUUAUACUUGUUCAAACAACAAUAAGCAAGAAUACGUAUCAGCCUUUGUAGGUUUUAUUGUCUGAACAAAAGCAACCAAAUAUCUUCUGAAACUCUUCAGGUUAUUCUUGUUUAAACAGAUUAAUGUUUUUUUCAUGCAGACAGUUGUUAAAAUGCAUCUUCCCUCACAGAACAGAGCAAACUAACACAGCAGUUUUAUCUGUGCCAACAUAACUGCAAAGGAUUUAACAUAAACUUGCAUUAGGCAACAUAAUGUCCCAAAAGAUGGUUGUAGAAAAUGAGCACCUGUGUGAUAUGUAGGCAUUUUAUUCAAGUUGUUCACAGUUCCUUUAAUCGGUGCCAUUCACAACAUUUCUCAAUAAUUUACUGUUGGAUUAAAUUUUAAUUUUGAAUGUGUGUGUUUUGUUUUUUUUUAAAGGAGUUUUAUGAGUAACAAACUUUUGAGAUGUAACGUAGCCCUUUAUUAACAAAUAAAUAUCUGUCUUUAUGUGACACUACAAAGUCAAGCAAUGUGCUUUCAUGGGAUGAAUUGAAGCUAUCCCACAAUGUUUACAGAUAAACAGUCUGUUAAAAAUACCAACAGAGUAACAUAGUUCAGUAAAAGCUCUGAUUUGAGCAUGUCUAAUAUUUAGACAAAUGUGCUUAUAAAAAUAUUAUAAUUUCAGCUAAUUUGUUCCUGUUCAGUGCCAGGUGUUAAGUAGUUUAAUUAAAUGGCUGGAAGUUGAAGAUUGGAAAAAAUUGCUGUGAGACUGACUCUCCUUAAUGAGCUGAAUUACAAUUCUUAACGGUGCUUUUUAAUUUUGCUGUUUUAAGGAUCUCCCAGAACAGACAGUUAUAUUUCUUUUCUCUGCUGCUUCCUUUAGGGGUCACCAGAGUAGCUCAUCUGCGUUUAUCUCACCCUAUCCGUACCCUCCGUGUCUGUCGCAUAAACCCUCUGCAUGUCCUGCUUCCCUACAUCCAUUAAUCUUCUCUGUGGUCAUCCUCUUUUUCCUCCUCCCUACAUCCCCAUAUUCAACAUCCUUUGUCCAGCAUAUCCACUCUCUCUCCUCUGCACAUGUCCAAACCCUCUCAAUCUUGCUUCUCUAACUUUGUCUCCAAUCCGCUUAACCUGAGCUCUCCCUCUGAUGUACACAUUUCUAAUCUUGUCCCAAUGAAAAUCUUCAACUCUGCCACCUCUCAGUGUAAUGCAUAUACCGCUGAAUCACUUGCAGGUUGACUGGUUUUUUGGUACCAAACUCGUCACCCUACUAUUCCCAGCACUUGUUUAGAAAAACUGGCUUUGUGGAAUUUUUAAAUUGUGACCAAACAGUGCAGCUGUGGGCAAAAAACAAACAAAAAAAAAAA